CUCGGGGAUCGCCGUAGGUGUGACACACGUAGGAAAGCAUGGCUGACGCGCCUCCCGUGAAGAAACAUAAAACAAAUAAUUUCGCUAAUAAAAAGGGCGAAGAGAGCAUAAACUGGAGAAAAUGGAAAGAACAAAAGAAAGAAGAGAAGAGACAACGAACAGAGAGCAAAAUCAACAAACAGCUGGAGAAACAGAAGCAGAAGCAGAAGGAAGAGGAGGAAGAUGAGGAGCAGCUUCAGCAGGAAAAGAAGGAAAGGAAAGGUCGUUCGUUCACGCUGAGUGUGGCUCUGCCCGGUUCGGUGUUAGACAACGCUCAGUCACUAGAGCUGCGGACGUACCUGGCGGGUCAGAUCGCUCGGGCCUGUGGCGUUUUCUGCGUGGACGAGGUGGUGGUGUUCGACGAGCUGGGCGAGGACGUCAAGAGCAUUGAGGGAGAGUUCAGAGGCAUUGGGAAGAAAGGCCAGGCCUGCGUCCAGCUCGCUCGCAUCCUGCAGUACGUCGAGUGUCCACAGUAUCUGCGGAAAUCUUUCUUCCCCAAGCACCGGGACUUGCAGUUUGCUGGUCUGUUGAAUCCUCUGGACAGCCCGCAUCACAUGCGCUUGGAUGAGGAGGCGGAGUUUCGAGAGGGCGUGGUGGUCAAUCGGCCGAACAAGCCGGGGAAAGGGUCCUACGUCAACUGCGGGACGCAGAGGGAUGUUCAGAUCGAUAAAGAGCUGAAAGCUGGACUGAGAGUGACCGUACAGUUCAACAACAACAGUAAACAUAAAGGUGUUGUGGUGGCUCCUCACGUCCCGAGGACAGAGGGUGGGCUCUACUGGGGUUACAGCGUCCGGCUAGCUUCCUGUCUCGGUGCCGUGUUCACAGAGUGUCCGUAUAAAGACGGAUAUGAUCUGACUGUUGGUACAUCAGAGAGAGGAAAAAACGCAGAUCAUGUCACACUUCGUCCAUUCAAGCACAUGCUGGUGGUGUUUGGAGGUCUUCAGGGUUUAGAAGCGAGUGUCGAUGCCGACGAGAACCUGAACGUCUCUGAUCCCAGCAUGCUCUUUGACCUUUACCUGAACACGUGUCCCGGGCAGGGCAGCCGCACCAUCCGCACCGAGGAAGCCAUAUUAAUCAGUUUGUCAGGACUCAGGCAGAAAAUCGCAGCUGUGUUUCCCGACCAAGCUAAAGGAUGACCACAGGAAGUACACCGGAAGAACCACAGGAAGUACAGCUCUCAGGACCUUACCAACGUACAUCAUUGUGUAUUAAAAUAUUAGCAUGCGUCAAUGAACUGUCAUGCAUAAAGUGUUCAUAACAAUAAAUAAAAAAAUGUACGUUUAAAUGCAUGUUUAUUUUUUCAGACAGGCAUGUAAAGAACAUUCAUAAUGAGAAACGAGCAGGAGUAAUAAUCAUCAUAAUCAUCACCAUAACACUGAUUUCAGUCUGCAACCAAAUGAAAGCACUCCAGAUGGUGAUUACCCACAAUCCCUCUGCUCUUGUGCUCGGGCAGAUGGUCGAUUUCAAAUAACGAAAUGAAAGAAAUAACAUUCUCUGAAGAUUUAGACAUUAUGGGGCGAUGAGCGAGAGCAUUAUCGAGCAGGAAACGUACUACUUGGGAUGUUCACGGCGAAAAAAUAUCAUUCAAACACUAUGGGUUGUUCUCAUGCUGGUGGAUUUCAGACACUUGAUGAUUAGAGGCGACGUGAGCAGCACUUAGCAAAACGCCUUCGACGUUAAGGAACGCUUAUACACGCUUCAAGAUGGCUUCUUCGUCAGAUCCGGAGACGUGUAGCAUUGCAUCGCUCGCUCGCUCGCCAACAAAUGCAUUGCAGUGAAUGGGUGCCGUCGGAAGGAGCGACCAAACGGCUGAUUAAAAACCACAAAUGAUCACAAUAAAACCACAAUAGUCCACAUCUUGUGAAGCCAAAAGCUGCUAUCUAUCAUUAAGGUGUUUUAUAUGAAAAUCUCGAAACACUUUUUUCCGAUAAAGCAUCAUCUUGUCAUUAAAGAAGACGCCAGAGAUCACCGUUUACGAGCCGAAAAAAUCACGCAGGUAGAUUUUGGCGUGAGUGGAUAUUACAGACUCACGCUUGAGCUAGAAGCACUUGUUUCAAUAAUAAAAAAACGGAUUAGUUUCUUUCGGCGUGGAUUAUUACGGUGAUUGGCAGCCGUUUGGACUCUCUUUCUGACGGCACCCAUCCACAUCCGACGGCCCGAGCCGCUUCUCGAACAGCGUCACUCAUCAGGCGUUAUUUAUGGGCUUCGCCCAAAUCAAAAGCAACGCAUUCGAAGCAGCGCACGGGUUAACCAGACCACCACUAACCGGUUACCGACGACGACUCGAGCUCUCCAAUCAGAGCACAGCGGCGUCCAAUGGGAGCGGAGUAUUUACAACAGUCACGUGAAAUGCUGGCGAGCGUGAUCUAGAGAGGCGUGUUAUACACUAACAGCUGUAGCCGGAGAGAUUCAAGUUGUACAACUGAUCGAUGACGUCACUACUUGGUAAAAACGGCAUAAUAAAUUGAAAGGCC